AUGUGUGAGCGUCGGAUAAAUCCUGCACGUGACCGGAAGUAUACGUACGUCUAUUGUAAUGUCGACUUCAUCCGCAAGGGAGGUGCAAGACGAGGGGCUGGUCGUUGGAAAAUACAAGUAGACGCAGAAUGCAAAAUAGUAAGACUGGAACGAUCUACUUACGACAGACUCCUCGCUUUGAGAGAUCGCCUACGCUUUCCCAGUUUCAACUCGCUUGCCGAAUUUCUUUUGAGGCGCGUACUCAACUGCAGCUGUCAGCCAUUGUCCACUUGUCUACCGGAGCCUAAUGCGAUUGGUGACGAUUCAGCAACAUUGGAGACUAUAGCUUCCCAUUCUAGAGAACGUACAGACCAGUCUGACUGUUCGAUAGCUGCAGAUCUUCGUGAUUUAGACACAUCUGUCAGACACGUAGCAGAAAUGAUUUCUACUCCUGUACGGUCAGGCAAACUCAGUUCAAGAAGACCUUUGUUUCCAUCUACACUUAGUCCAGUAAACUCUGCAAACUCUCCAUGUCCCUCUGUGAAUUGUUCAUCAGGUUCUGAAACAGAUGAUGAGAGUAAUGAAGAUCAAGAACCUAGAAGAACGGCUGACUUGAAGACUUUACUGACUACACUAGAUGAAUCUGACCAGUCAUCUGAAGAUGAAUACCGAUAUGAAAGUGACACUGAUUGUACUUCUGAUGAUGUUGAUGAGCUUGAUGCCAGUUAUCUGGAUGACAUAACCUUGUCCCCAAGCACUCACCAUGCUUCAUCACAUGACAUUGUCGAUGUCACAACCUCACCUGUCGGAAGCAAGGAAGUUCUGGAUGAUCAGUUGACUGUAAAGGACAUGAUUAUCCCAACUGUAAGAGUGUUUGUUAGAGAGGAUGCAUGUAAAUUGCUUAUAGUGUCAUUCUGA